AUGUCGGACGGAGAAGAGACCCAAUCCAACCCCCCCGUCGCCGCCGAGGAGGUCGAGGUCAGCGCUGAUGCCGGCACCUCCGGCCAGAUGUCCGUCCUCGAUGCUCUCAAGGGCGUUCUCCGCAUCUCGCUGAUCCACGACGGUCUUGCCCGUGGUCUCCGUGAGGCCGCCAAGACCCUUGACCGUCGCGAGGCGCACAUGUGUGUGCUCAACGAAGGCUGCGAGGAGGAAGCUUACAAGAAGCUGGUUGUUGCGCUCUGCUCGGAGCACAAGAUCCCCUUGAUCAAGGUGCCUGAUGGCAAGAUGCUCGGCGAGUGGGUUGGUCUCUGCCAGCUCGACCGUGAGGGUAACGCCCGCAAGGUCGUCAACUGCUCUUGCGUUGUCGUCAAGGACUGGGGUGAGGAGUCGCAGGAGCGCUCUGUCCUCCUUAACUACUUCCAGACUGAGCAGUAA